CGGCGGUUCGAGGCAUGCGCGCCAAGCCACGGCGGAGGAUAAAUGCGUGCAGCGUGGACGGCACGCAUCUCACUCGUCUGACUCUUGGCGUGAAGACGCUGGUACCGAGUGAAUUACCGGGAGUACAGGAUGCCGCUGACAGAUGGAGAUGUCCUCAAGCAGAGUCACGCAAUGUGAGUGGCAGCUGUGAUGCGUGCUCCUGCAGGUGAAGCACAUGGUGGCCUUCAUUGAGCAGGAGGCCACGGAGAAGGUGGAAGAAAUUGACUCCAAGGCGGAGGAAGAGUUCAACCUGGAGAAAGGCCGCCUCAUGCAAAGCCACCGAAGCAAGAUAAUGGAGCACUACGACAAGAAGGAUAAGCAACUGGAGAUGCAGAAGAAAAUACAAAUUUCAAACCUAAUGAACCAAUCACGGCUGAAGGUUUUGGAGACGAGGAAUGAUCUGCUAAAGGAAUUACUGAAUGAGGCCAGGGGAAGGCUCGUGCAGCUGACCCGCAACGCGACGGUGUACAGGACGAUCAUGGACGGCCUAGUAUUGCAGGGGCUGCUGCAGCUGCUGGAGCCCGUGGUGAUCGUGCGCUGCCGACAGAGUGACCUCGCCCUGGUCAAGAGUUCCGUGACCAAGAACAUUCCCACGUACCGCGCGGCCACCAAGAAGGAGAUCUGCAUCACGGUGGACGAGCAGCUCUUCCUGCCUCUUGACAUAUGUGGAGGUGUGGAGCUGUACAAUGCCAACGCAAAGAUCAAGGUGUCCAACACCCUGGACAGCCGGCUGGAGUUCUUGUCCCACCAGAUGAUGCCUGAAAUACGCGUGUAUUUGUAUGGUAAAAACUCCAACCGAAAGUUCAACGAUUGAAGAAUUGGGAAAACCUCCACAAGCAGCUCAUCUGCACUCAUUUUGCCCUCACCUUCUGGUCAAGGCCAUGACCAAUAUAAUCAAAUGGUUAGUUUAAUACGUAAAUAUAUUCAGAAUAUGUUUACAUUUCCCGAGUGAUGGUGUGAAAUAAAGAGGUGUAUGUACA